AUGAACAAGUCCAAUUUUCGCUAAGCAUAAAUCAAAAUGGCACCUUUCUUUAUUCUGCUUCUAUUAGCCUCUUCCUUGAAUCAUGGGUAUGCUCAAUUUCAACCUAAAGACCAAGCUUUUAUAUCCUUGUUGAUUACCCAGAGUGGCCUUGAUUUUGUGAAAGACUUGCUGGUGAACGAGGCAAUUUCCUCAAUAAUCUCACUCCGAUUGCCGAAUAUUGAAAAGACUGCGAAAAUCCCAGUUGUGGGUAAUGUCUACAUGGUGCUUUCCAACAUCACAAUAUACCAAAUCGACGUUCCUUCUUCGCAUGUCAAGCCUGCGGAGACUGGGAUUUCAAUUUUAGCUUCUGGGGUUACUUGUAAUUUGAGCAUGAAUUGGUAUUACUCUUAUAGUACGUGGCUUGGGCCUGUUGAGAUUUCUGACAAAGGUAGAGCACAAGUUCAGGUUGAAGGCAUGGAAGUCGGACUUACAUUGGGUUUGGAGAACCAGGAAGGAUCUUUAGAGCUGAAACUUAAGGACUGCAGAUCUUAUGUUGAAGCUAUUUCAAUAAAAUUGGAUGGAGGUGCAUCUCUGCUUUAUCAAGGGAUAGUUGAUGCUUUUGAAGGGCUAAUUGGGUCAACAGUAGAAAAUGCUAUUACCAAGAAACUUAAAGAAGGGAUUUCAAGAGUUGAAUCAUAUUUGAGAAGUCUUCCAAACGAGGUUCCAGUCAAUGAUCAUGCUUCUUUGAAUGUAACCUUUGUCAAUGAUGUUUUAUUAAGUGAUUCGUCUAUCCAAUUUGAAACCAAUGGAUUAUUUAGAGAAAGAAGUGUUUUGCUUCCUGUUCCUAGCCUCAGCCACAAGAACUCAAAACUUCCAAUUCUCUGCACAAAUUCAUCCAAAAUGCUUGGAAUCACUUUGGAUGAAGCUGUUUUUAACUCUGCUUCAGCCUUGUAUUAUGAUGCAAACUUUAUGCACUGGGUUGUGGACCAAGUACCAGAUCAAUCUCUAUUGAAUACUGCAGAAUGGAGAUUUGUUGUUCCCCAGCUGUACAAGAAAUACCCAAAUCAUGACAUGAACUUGAAUAUAUCUUUAUCUUCUCCUCCAGUUGUGGAAAUUUCAAAUCAGAAAGCUGGUUCCGUCAUAUUUGCAGACUUAACAAUUGAUGUUUUGGAAGAAGAUAAAGUAAUACCAGUGGCAUGCAUCUCAUUGGUAAUUCAAGCUUCGGGUUCUAUCAAAAUCAAUGGUAACAACCUCGUAGGUGCUGUCAGAUUGGAUGACUUUUCAAUGUCAUUGAAAUGGAGCAAUAUUGGCAAUCUGCGGAUGUACUUGAUUCAGCCUUUUGUAUGGACGCUUAUUGAAACUGUCUUCUUGCCGUAUGCAAAUGCACAUCUCAGUAAAGGGUUACCUUUGCCCAUCAUUCAUGGUUUCAUCUUACAAAAUGCGGAGGUAAUCUUGUCAACUUCAAGAAUCGCAGUUUGCAGUGAUGUAGCAGUUGCAGAAUCAGACAAGUUUUUCUUCAAAUUAAUUGAGUAGAUAAAAAGUGUUUUGUAAAUGGAUUGUAAAUAUUCCUUAUCAGAAUUCAAGAUGAUACGUCUACUUGUGCAAUCUUCUUUCUUUUGUUAAUUGUGCAACCAUCACGCCAUGGUGUACAAAAUACAGACUUUGAUACAAGUAGUGGCACCAUGAAUUCUCAUGUAAAUUGAGGUUUAGUAGUGAAAAUUAUACCU